CAGGAUGCAUGAGAUGUCGCAUAUGGGCCCUCGGGCCUUCAACCACGAGCAAAGCCAGGACACAGAGGCCGAAUAUGAUCGUCUCCGCGACCUCGCGCGCCAGGAGGCUUCCAAGCGCAAUUCAUGCUUUCAACGGGUAAUCAAUUUACUUUGCACCUUUGUUUCUCUUGCGCGCAAUCGCAUCUCAGCCUGCACAGCUUUCUGCGACGACCAAAACCCUCCCGUGGAAUUCCUUUAAACCUCACUUCACUUAAACCUUCCUCCGAGACUGACUCGCAUUUCCGAUUCGGAAACCCCUCUCUUUCAUAGUCCCAAGAAGCGUACACCAGCGGCGAUGGCGCUAGAGCCAAAGAACUAUCCGAACAGGGCAAAGCCCACGGGCGCAAGAUGGAAGAGUACAACAAGCAGGCCUCCGAAUUUAUCUUUCGUGAGAACAACGCCGAAGGGCGCGUCGCGGCCGACACAAUCGACCUCCAUGGGCAAUUCGUCGAGGAGGCCGAGGAAAUCCUAGAAGAAAGGAUUCGAUAUGCGAAAAACCAUGGCCAGACGCACUUACAUGUAAUCGUCGGAAAGGGUAACCAUUCGGCCAACCACGUGCAGAAAAUCAAACCCCGCGUCGAGCAGGUUUGUCGCGAGCUCGGGCUACAGUAUGCAACGGAGGAAAAUGCCGGUCGCAUCUAUGUGAAUCUGACUGGCGGACCGGCUGACAUGUCCGCGGCGCCGGGACAUCAUCAGCAAUCGCAGCACUACCCGCAGCACCAGCAGCAGCAAUACCCACAGCAGCACCAGCAACAACAACAGCAGCAGCACCAGCAAGGGGAUAACCAGAAUGAGAUUGAACAAGUUGUCAACGCUGUUCUCCCCAGAGUCCUGCGCAAGCUGGAGAAGGCUUGCUGUGUGGUUAUGUGAAGAAUUGGGGUCUACGACAACCCAGCAUUGGGCUUGAAUGGGUAUGGGAUAUGAGAAUAAUGUUCUGGAAUAAUACAGCUACUACUCGCUUGGCGACCAAAAGGUCGGUUUUGGCUAUCUGGAUGGCUGGAAGCGUCUUGCGCAGUCUUGCUGGGGGCGGGGUAAGUCGCUCAUGGUCGACAUGAUUUCUUUGACCACAUUUCUGUUUCCCACUUUUCGCAAGCAAACAAAGAGAUAUCCAUAUUUGAAAUGUGAAUCACCUGUGCAAUUUCUGGUUCUGCGCCGCUAAGUAAUUAGACAUGAUUGAAAAUUUCUCUUCAUCAUCUUCACUCUGUUAGACCACAUGUGCCGCAGGCAUAAUUAUCUGUCCAACGACCCGAGAGCACGUUGG